AUGGCUUCCUACCAGCAGACCUGCAACUACAGCCGCCCCUCGCCCUGUGAGGCGACCUGCCCACAGCCCUUCGCCAACGCCUGCAGCCAGCCCUGCGUUGCCUCCUGUGGGGACUCCCGAGCCAUCAUCUACCCCCCGCCUGUGGUCAUCACCUUCCCGGGCCCCAUCCUCAGCUCCUGCCCUCAGGAGAGCAUUGUGGGCAGCUCAGCCCCACUGGGGCUGGGCAGCUCCUUCAGCCUUGGAAGCUCCCAGGAUGUCCAGAGCCCCUCAGGUUCUGGGGCUGCCCCAGGUGGCCGGUACUCCUACACCUCUUACACCCGCAAGACGACAUACUGCCCCUCCAAGCCCCGCUGUGAUCUCCCCUGCGCCAAGACCUCGUAG